GGCUUCCCUCGCAGCUAGGUUUGGCAGGCAUCGUCCUAUUCAUCGACGCAGGUCCGCCCCGCUAAGCCACACAAAAGUUCCAGUCCAUGGCAGCUCUCUGUCGUUGAUCUUUGUACUUGAACCCCCCACUAAAAUGGACGAUCUUGACGAUUACAUUUUGGCCUUAGCGGACAACCAGACUGAGAAUGGAGGCAAAUCAAAUUCUCGAGGUAGCAAAAGUCGACGAUCAACCGAAAGUCGUGGUACCAAACGAUACGUAUCCGAAGAUGAAGAUUCAGAUGACAUUGAUGUCGGAGAUGCCUCCGAAGAUGACGAAGAUGAAGAAUCUGACGAAGAAAUAGACGAAUAUGGACCAGACUUGUACAAAGACGAAGAAGACAAACGAAGACUUCUUGCUCUUCCGGAAGUAGAGAGAGAACAAAUUCUCAGUGAACGUUCCGAAGAGAGACAGCGUAAUUUGGAACGCUUAGAAGUUCGAAAGCUUUUGAAAGAUGGAAGAAAAGACGACUCUAAGCGAAGAUCCACGCGCACCAAGGAGACAGGUGCUUCUCGCGCUUUGACCGAGCUCGCUCGUAGACGCGAAGAAAAGAAAAAAACACAUACUCGAGGUAGUCGCCGUGACUCAAUGAGCCCAGAUCGAAAACGAAGGCGAAGAUCUAGAAGUCGCGGAUCUAGCGAUGACGGUUACUCUGUCAGUGAAAGUGAGAGUGAAGAAGAUCAAAAGAAAGACAUCAAGCGAACCCCUACACUCGAUGAAAUCAACGCCAUCACACUUACGCGACGCAUGGUCGAAAGUUGGAUACACACACCGUUCUUCGAAGAUACUGCUGUCGGCUGUUACGUACGACUCUUUAUUGGGCCUGAUCCACAAACAAAGACUCCUGUAUACCGACUUUGUGAAAUUGUAGACGUAAUACCCUGGCACAAAACCUACAAGGUUGCGGAAGGUGUGUGGAGCAACAAAGCGGUCAAGGCAAGACAUGGAAAGGCUCAGAAGCCCUUUCCAAUGGACAUCAUUUCCAACGGCGCAGUUACGCAACAGGAAUAUGCUCGAUUUUUAACCACCAUUGAAGUUGAAAAAGGUCGUAAGCCUAAUGCUGAUGAUAUCGAAAACAAAAAAGAAAGCCUCAAGGCUGCUCGGGAAUAUAUCUUAAACGACAAGGAAGUUGCCGAUAUGAUUGCUAAAAAGAGAGAACUUAACAACACGAUUUCAAAUGUUGCAAUGGAGAAAACCAUGCUGCACACCAAACUUGAACAAGCAAGAAGCGAUGAAAACCAUGCUGAGGCUGACCGCAUCCAGAGGCAAAUUGCCGACUUAGAAGAACGCGCCACCAACAUCACUUCAGCUGGAAAAUUAAACAUAUGGGCUGACCUCAACAAAAAGAACAGAGAAAAGGAUAAGGUGGAAAUGAAGGAGGCCGAAAAGAUUGCGCUGCUUGCCAGGAAAAAGCUUGGUGCUGUUGCUACAGAUCCCUUCGCUAGACGCAGAACCACUCCUAAGCUUGUUCAUACACCUGGUUCAGGAACUCCAAACAGCGCAGGCACACCUACAGUAUCGACGCCGAACCCUACAGCUGAAGAUGAAAAUAGCAUUAUAAAUCCAACCAUCAGUGAAGAGGCUGUAGCCCUUGGACAAUCCACCAGCACGCAAUCUGGCUACGAGCAGCUGGUCAGCAAAGUAGCAAUAGAUAUUGAUCUCGGCUUUGACGACGACGAUUAAUGUGACAAGGAAGUUCCUGGGCAUGAUCGACAUGUCGUUUUUCGACCACUUCUUGAUAUAUUUAAUAAAUUCCCCCCACACACAA